AUGAUGAUGCCAACCGGUGGCAGCAGGCAACCGCGGAUCCCUUCGAUGCUUUCGCUGGUGGACGGUGGUAACGGUGGCAGCGGCAGUGCGAAUGCAGCCCGCCGUCAAUCAUGUGUCGCGAAUUUGCCCUCGCCAUCGGUUCACGUGCCGUCGAUUUCGGCUCGGCUGAGCAACGGGUUCCCACCGCGUCCGGGUGGGAUCGGUCCCGAGUUCGACCGCGUAAUCGUGAUGCAAAACGGCGGAUCCGGAGUGCGACGCUGUGAGGAAGACGGUAUUUUAGCAACGGCGGAUAAUUUGAAUGGUGCUGGCGGUGCUAACGAGGGCAAUCAUAAUAACGAUGAUGGUGGUGUGAAAUCGGCGGCGUUAAAGACGGGACCACUGGGGUUAGUUAAGAGGAUUUGUUCCGAUGGAGUGCUUUCGGCGACAUCCUUCGGAUCCGGAUCGAGUGAUGGCGCUUCCGGCAACUAUUGGAUGCUGAUGAUUACGCCGGUUGUGAGCAGUUUCUCGGUUGCCCUGGUGAUUGCAGCCGUGGCGGGACCGCAGUGGUUGUUCACCGAAGAAAAGAUCCCGAACAGUGGCUACAACGGGACGAUGAACUACAAUCUCAAGGAUGAAGGCGUUUACCUAACCAAGUACACCAAAGCUUCCCUCUGGAUGCUGUGCAGUAAAAUGGGCGGUACCAAUUUGGGUCAAACGGACUUCCAGUGCUCCACCAUCGACUAUUUUUCCCAGGAAGACUACAAUCCGGAUCCGCACGAUUCCACGAAUGCCAUUCCAUAUACCGUUACUCAUUCGUCGCCGUUCUUCCUGGUCUCGAACCUGGUGCUGGUCAUCAGUUACGUGCUGUUCCUGCUGGCCAUGUGCUCAUCUAGGCAUACAAUUUGUUACUUCGUGUCCGGGGUGCUAUUUAUAAUAUCAGGUCUCCUCAUGCUCAUCGGACUGAUCAUGUUCAUCUCGAUUCUGAAGGCGGAAAUCGGUAACAAACUUCGACCACGAUCGACACUUCAAGCUCCCCUGUUCACCUUCCGCUACGGUCAAAGCUUCCUCCUGUACGUGUUCGGAUUCAUCAUCACCGAGCUGUCGGGAAUCUUCAACGUCCUGAUCUACUCCAACCUGCACCAGGCGGAAUUCAAUCGCUCGCAAACCUAUCCCACCUACCAAAAUUUGAGUGCCAACUACUACAGCAUUACACCGAGCAAGGACUCGGUAAAGCCCACCCCGGGAGCUGCCGAUUAUGGCCUGCUCAACGGCACUCGACCAAGGUUCUAUUUCGAGAACAGUGACGAUUGCGCUGUCCAUCGCUAUCAUCACCACCGAGAUCGGCACAGUUUGGUGAAAAGUUUGAACGAGCUUUACACGGAACCGGCUCCGGAAAUGAGAAGCACCGCCACAACUACCUCACCUCCUGCAGGGGAUGCUGUAGCCAUUUCUGCAACGUCUAACAUAGAGAUCGCCACGGAAACGGGGAGGCUAACGAGGAGUGUUUCGACCAGUACGGAUAUAAUGCUGAUGGAUGAUCCCAAGAGCGAGGGAGAUGGAAAGAGUGAGGAGAAUUUGAAGAAUAUCUGUGGCAUUUCCCGGCAGUACUUGACGAAGGAACUGUCCAAGGAGAAGCUGUUCAAUGAGUUUUGCAAGAAGGUUGGACCGCGACCGAAGCCGAAGAACAUUUACUACAUUGAAGAUGACGCCAAGGAUCGGGACGGAUUCCAGAAUGUGUUCGUUAUCGAAGCGAACAAUAGCGAUGAUGACAAGUUUAAACGAAGACGAAGGAACUCGAUGAUGGACGAAGCGGUGGGAAUGGAUACGCUGGAGAGACGGCAGAGGAUUAGAUCGGAUAAUUCGCUGGAUCAGAUGCACGGUGGAGGUAGAUCGUACGAUGGGUGUCCGAGACUGAACUACGACUUGAGACAAACGCUGCCGAGGAAUUUCUUGAAAAAGCACCACAAUUUACUAGGUGAGCAUACGGGCUAUGAUGUUCGUGAAGGGUUCAACAGUUUGGAUGAUCUAGGGGACCACAGCGGCACGUGGAGCCGUAGAAUCUCUGCCAGUGGAAUACUGGAACCUAUCAGACUGAACGCAUCUCAGAACAACCUAGACGAGUCUUCACUCUACCAUCAAGGAUCAAAAUGGCCAAAGAUCAUACCGAAAUCUUCCGCCGAUUUCACCACCAUGCAGCAAAAGUACCUUCACGUCCCACCUUCGCCGUCCUACGUGGAGUACGCCGUAAGAUCUCCCGUCCAAGUUCACCGGAGCAUUGGCGAUUUGAGUUCAUACCAACAGCAGCAGCAGCAGCAGCAGCACCAUGAACAACAGCAGGUUCAUGGACCACACUACGCAAGAAUCCAACAUCCCGUACCGAUGUUCAACUAUAUCCCACCGAAAACGGCACCUCCGAUGGUGUUUUCCGGAAACAUUUCGCCUAUUUUCGAUCUGGACAAAAUUGAACGCGAACGACGUAAAUCCCACUCGCAGCUGUUUCUCAAUCACAGUUCGCAGCAACACUACGACUAUGUCAAUGGAACUGCCGUUUAAUGUUGUUCAUUGCCCUCCCGUACUGCCACAAAUCAAUUUAGGAAUCCUGUCAGAUUGAAGAAAAAAAAAACGUCCGAAUUCCGAAUGAAAGUUAACAAAAAAGUGUACCACUUUGUCAAAUAUCGAGCUUGCAUAUCAGUAUGAUGAUAGAUAAUUAAUGUGGAAUAUAUGGUACCAACUACAAGCCCAUCCAUUACCAGCCGUCGAAAAUGUUAAGUCCUGUGUUGUGAUUUUCACGUGAUGUCGUGUUUAGA